AUGCAGGUUCUUUUCUCUUUUGUAACGUAUCAUUCUCUACCUGUAGUAACGUACCUUCCGCUUCCUUUAGUAACACACCUUUACCUCUUUAGUAACGUAUCUUCCCCUCCUUUUAAUAACUUAUCGUCUUCUCUCUUUAGUAACAUAUCUUUCUCUGUCGUUAGUAACGUAGCUUUUUCUCUUAACGUAUAUUCCUUCGUCAUUCGUAACAUAUCUUCCGCUAGCUAUAGUAAAGUAUUUUCUUCUGUAUUUAGUAACGAAUAUUCCUGUAUCUUUAACAAAACGUGGCUUUUCAUCUCUUUAGUAGCGUAUCUUCCUCUCUCUGUAGUAACGUAUUCUUCCUUCGUCUUUCGUAAUAUAUCUUCUACUCUCUAUAGUAACUUAUGUAUCUUCUUCUCUCUCUCUCUCUCUAGUAACAUAUCUUCCUCUCUUUCUAGUAACAUAUCUUCAACUCUCUUUAGUAACAUAUCUUCCUCUCUCUCUCUCUAUAGCAUAUAUUCCUCUCUCUCUAGUAACUUAACUUCCCCUCUAUCUAGUAACGUAUCUUCAUCUCUCUCUCUCUAUCUCUAUAAUGUGUCUUUCUCUCUAGUAACGUAUCCUCCUCCUCUCUCUCUAGUAAUGUAUCUUCCUCUCUCUUUACAAACAUAUCUUCCCCUCUCCCUAGUAACGUAUCUUCCUCUCUCCCUAGUAACGUAUCUUCCUCUCUCCCUAGUAACGUGUCUUCCUCUCUCUAUAACAUAUCUUCCUCUCUCUCUCUCUAGUAACGUCUCCUCCUCUCUCUCUCUCUAUAACAUAUCUUACUCUCUCUCUAGUAACGUAUCUUCUUCUCUCUCUAGUAACAUAUCUUCCUCUCUCUCUAUAUGUUCAUUAUCUAUCUAUCUAUCUAUCUAUCUAUCUAUCUAUCUAUCUAUCUAUCUAUCUAUCUCUAUUAAUAUUUAUAUAUCUAUCUCUUCAUAUCUAUCAAUCUAUCUGUCAAUCUAUGUUCAUAUAUAUAUAUAUAUAUAUAUAUAUAUAUAUAUAUCUCUUCAUAUCUAUCUAUCUAUCUAUCUAUCUAUCUAUCUAUCUAUCUAUCUAUCUCUGUUCAUGUCCAUAUAUGCAUGUUUCUUAUCUGUCUCUCUCUCUCUCUCUCUCUCUCUCUCUCUCUCUCUAUAUAUAUAUAUAUAUAUAUAUAUGUUCAUAUCUAUAUAUUCAUUUUUCAUAUCUAUCUAUCAAUCUCUCUAUCUCUGUUCAUAUCUAUAUAUCCAUUUCUCUUCAUUAUCUAUCUAUCUAUCUAUCUAUCUAUCUAUCUAUCUAUCUAUGUUCAUAACUAUAUAUCCAUGUCUCUUCAUAUCUAUCUAUCUAUCUAUCUAUCUAUCUAUCUAUCUACAAGCCUGUCAAUAUCGAUUUGUCAUCAUAUGCCAAAUGAUUUUUUUAAAAAUAAAUGUCUGUUCCGUUUUAGAUACGAUUAUAUUGAAUGGAAUUCGGUCAAAACUGACCACCUCGUUUUUGACGGGAUAUCGCCGACCGAAUGAUUCUCUUCCUCCGAUCCCAAACUGCAUUUCACGUUCACCAUCCCAGAAAUUCCUCGAUUAA